UAACUUAGUGUAUAAAGCAAAUGACAAGUGAAGGCACUAGAUUCAUAAAAACCCCAAAUCAAUACAAGUCAACAACAAUGUAGGUCGAGAAAUACUACAAAUUUAUUGGUCUUCUCUACCUUUCGGAAAUCCAUUAGUACUACUUCUCACGUCUGUUUCUUCUUAAUGGAUCUUCUGAAUUAAUCUGAAUUUCAUCCCCAACUCUUCGUAUUCAAAUUUUGUUGGCUGUGUGGGCUGAUGAAUUGGUGACAGACCUAAAAUAAUAAGCAAUUGAAGAGAGACAUAAGGAAGGAAAAACAAAAAUGAUUGGUUUGGACCAAAUCCUUAGCAAAUCUUCGUCCCUAAUCACAGGAGGCUGCAAAAUAGCCUGGAAGCACAUUGGCUAUGUGAUUGACUACAAGAAGAACAUUGAAAAUCUCCUAAACGAAACCGAAAAAUUUGAAAAUGAGCUAACAAGGAUCGAUGGAAGGGUCGAGAGAGCCAAACACAUUGGUCUAAUCCCCGAGGCUGACGUUCUGCAGUGGAUAGCGUCAGCAAAGGGGAUCAAAGGAGAUGUGGAGGCAUUACUGGUAGAAGCAACAAGAGAAAACAUGUGGUGCCUCAAAUGUUGUCCGAAUGUUUCUCGGCGUUACAAGCUAGGCAAGGAAUCCAAAGAGAAGACAACUCGUGUUAUUAUUCUCAAAGACAGCGGCAAACAGUAUAUGACAAUAGAAGUGGCACAGCGCACACCUCCUUUGAAAUUUGGGUACUAUUUCUCCCAAGGUUACGUGGCUUUUGAUUCAAGAGCAGAGAUCUUUGAGGAGAUCAUGAAAGCGUUGGCCGAUCCUUGCAUUAAAAUGAUUGGUCUAUACGGACCAGGCGGUGUUGGCAAGACCACAAUGGCAAUAGAGGUUGGCAAGCUAGCAAAGCAAAAUGAGCUAUUUGAUGAUGUUGUGAUGGCAACUAUCUCCCAAACCCUGAAUGAGAAAGCUGUUAAAGAAAAACUUGCGCUCCAAUUGGGACUAACACUAGAUGGACACGCAUAUCAACUAUAUCAUAGAUUGAACAAUGGGGAAAGGAACCUCGUAAUAUUGGACGACGUUUGGAAACCACUUGAUUUGGCGGACAUUGAAAUUCCAAUUACUGAUGGUAAUAAGGGCUGCAAAGUUGUGAUAACAUCACGGAAAAGAGGUUUGUGCCAAAAUAUGUCAGUGCCAGUCAAUCAGAACGAUUCCUUGAAUGGAGUCAUAGCGAUGCCAAAAGCAUGGACCAAAGAGUUCAUGAUAGGAGUCUUACGAGAGCCAGAAGCAUGGGCCCUAUUUAAGAAAGUCGCCGAAAAAUUUCUGUGGAAUCUGAAAUCCCUUCUAAAGCAAAGGAAGUGUGUGACAAAUGUGGAGGCUUACCAGUUGCUAUACGUGCAGUUGCAGUAGCAUUAAAACACA